AUGCUGACACAGAAAAGUCAAGGAUUCUGGAGCAAGCAAUCAACAAGUUUCUGCAACAAUCCGGAAUUCGUGAAGGACAAGAAGAUCGUCAUUUCUGUAACCGAGGAACAAAUCGUGACAAGUGUUGACAAUUCAGCGCGAGCUGAAUCGGAUAUACAACCAGGACAGUACAGUCUGGAAUCAGUGGUCAACUCAAUGCAUUGGGCAUUGGUGGGAUAA